CCAAUCACGAAAGAGUUCCUUGGAAGACCUGCAACUGUGCCGUCUUUGUGUUGAUUUUUUCGGAGGAUUUAGAGUGUUUGAAUGGAUAUUUCCAGGUGUACGGAGAAAUGGGUAAAACAAGACAAGGAGAGGCCUCCAACAUCUUCCAUAAUGCUGUCCAGCAAGAAAUCAGAUGCAGGCUCCUCUUCCUCCUCCUCUUCAUCUUCUGGGGGAGCAGCGGGAGUUGAAAGGCCGUUAGGUGCUGAUGUCCAGAGUGGUCCAUCAGCCUCGGCUGGUGGACCAAUGGAUCCAAAGAAGAAGGAGAGAUCAUCCCCAAGCGGGGAACCUGGAGGUCCCCCGUUUCCCCACCAGUCAGGUCCUGCAGGGGCAGACGCUGACUCAGCUGAAGUCCGUAGAACAAGUCGACGGAAGCGAGCAAAAGUGGAGUACCGCGAGAUGGACGAAAGCCUGGCCAACCUGUCCGAGGACGAAUAUUACUCUGAGGAGGAGAGGAACGCCAAGGCAGAGAAGGAAAGGAAGCAGGUCAUUCCUCCUCCGCCACCACCUCCUGAGGAGGAGAUCGACAGCGAACCCGAAGAACCGUCAGGUCUGGAAGGAGCUGCUUUCCAGAGCCGCCUUCCUCAUGACAGAAUGACGUCCCAGGAAGCCGCCUGCUUUCCCGACAUCAUCAGUGGUCCUCAACAGACACAGAAGGUCUUCCUGUACAUCCGCAACCGCACCAUCCAGCUGUGGCUGGAUAACCCUAAGAUUCAGCUCACCUUUGAGGCUACUGUACAGCAGCUUGAAGCUCCAUACAACAGUGAUACAGUGUUGGUUCACAGGGUACACAGUUACUUAGAAAGACACGGCCUCAUUAACUUCGGCAUUUACAAGAGGGUCAAGCCUUUACCCACAAAGAAGACUGGGAAGGUAAUAAUCAUUGGUGGAGGCGUGUCCGGCCUGGGUGCAGCCCGACAGCUGCAGAGUUUCGGGAUGGAUGUUACAGUACUAGAAGCCAGGGACCGCGUAGGAGGAAGAGUGGCCACAUUCAGGAAGGGUAACUAUGUAGCCGACCUGGGAGCCAUGGUGGUAACAGGACUGGGAGGGAAUCCCAUGGCUGUGGUCAGUAAGCAGGUUAAUAUGGAGCUGGCCAAGAUCAAACAGAAGUGUCCGCUGUAUGAAGCCAAUGGCCAGGCUGGUGAACGAUGCACAAGUGUGCCAAAAGAAAAAGACGAGAUGGUGGAGCAGGAGUUCAACCGGCUGCUUGAGGCCACCUCUUACCUCAGCCACCAGCUGGACUUCAACUUUCUCAACAGCAAACCUGUUUCUCUGGGACAGGCCCUGGAGGUGGUCAUUCAGCUGCAGGAGAAACAUGUUAAAGAUGAGCAGAUAGAACACUGGAAGAAGAUUGUAAAUACUCAGGAAGAACUCCGAGAUCUUCUCAACAAGAUGGUGUCCACUAAGGAACGUGUUAAGGAGCUCCAUCAGCAGUAUAAAGAAGCGAGUGAAGUAAAGCCACCCAGAGAUAUCACCGCUGAGUUCCUGGUGAAGAGCAAGCACCGUGACCUCACAGCCCUCUGCAAAGAGUAUGAUGAGUUGGCAGAGAUGCAGGUGAAGCUUGAGGAGAAGCUCCAGGAGUUGGAGGCCAAUCCACCCAGCGAUGUUUACCUUUCCUCCAGGGAUCGGCAGAUCCUAGACUGGCACUUUGCCAACCUGGAGUUUGCCAACGCCACGCCCCUCUCCACCCUGUCUCUGAAGCACUGGGAUCAGGACGAUGACUUUGAGUUCACCGGCAGCCACCUGACGGUACGAAACGGUUACUCGUGUGUUCCUGUGGCGCUUGCUGAGGGUUUGGACAUCAAACUGAACACAGCGGUGCGCCAGGUCCGGUACACAGCGUCAGGUUGUGAGGUGAUCGCUGUCAACACUCGCUCCACCACACAGACCUUUAUAUACAAGUGUGACGCCGUGCUCUGCACGUUGCCUCUUGGCGUGCUGAAGCAGCAGCCCCCUGCCGUCCAGUUUGUGCCCCCACUGCCGGAGUGGAAGACUUCAGCCAUACAGAGGAUGGGCUUUGGCAACCUCAACAAGGUGGUGCUGUGCUUCGACCGUGUUUUCUGGGAUCCAAGUGUGAACCUGUUCGGUCACGUCGGCUCCACCACUGCAAGCCGGGGCGAACUCUUCCUCUUCUGGAACCUCUAUAAAGCUCCCAUCCUGCUCGCUCUCAUGGCCGGCGAGGCCGCUGGCAUCAUGGAGAACAUCAGUGAUGACGUUAUCGUCGGACGAUGCCUUGCAAUACUUAAAGGGAUAUUUGGAAGCAGUGCUGUACCUCAGCCCAAGGAAACGGUGGUCACGCGCUGGCGUGCAGACCCAUGGGCCAGGGGCUCCUACUCGUACGUGGCAGCGGGCUCUUCGGGUAACGACUACGACCUGAUGGCCCAGCCCAUCACGCCCGGCCCGGCUAUCCCAGGAGCCUCACAGCCUGUCCCUCGGCUGUUCUUCGCUGGUGAGCACACCAUCAGAAAUUACCCUGCUACAGUUCAUGGCGCCCUGCUCAGCGGUCUCCGUGAGGCCGGCCGCAUCGCUGAUCAGUUCCUGGGCGCCAUGUACACGCUCCCCAGACAGGCGACCCCCACAGCCACCAGCAACCCCCAGCAAGCCCAGCCUGCUGCCACCAUCUGAGAAACCCUUUCUGGACUUUUGUGCAAGCGUUACGCUCAAGUGGACAAAUCUAACUGGUCAGAACAUGAAUUACUGAGAAAUCACUUGAUACCCGGAUAUUUCAUUUAGGAUGUUGGGAUUAUAAGCUAAAUCUGUUUGGUCAGAUUUUAAACCUGGAAUGACGAAAGAGACGGCGUUCCUGCACAGUGUGGAGAAGUCGGACAUUUGAUUUGAACAUUUUCCAAGUCUGCAUAAAUGGUAAAAUAAAAAUUAAGUAUGGAAAAAGAGGAUUAAUUGUCUAAAAUAUGAAAAGGGGUUGUUUUUGUUGACUUGUAUUCAGAUGACGUAUUUUUGGUUUGGUGCAUCACGACGGGAGUUUCUGCCUUUUUUAGCCUCUGGAUCCGUUUACCUCAUUGUUUUAAACCUGAGCCAAGAACUAGUCUGGGUUAGAAUCAGAACAAAAUUUCGAAACUUCUACUUUUUAAAAAUUUUGUGAAACAAAAGUUUUAUUUAUCACAAACUAUGAUGUAAAGAUAUGUAGUGUGGGAUAAUCCAAUCCAGACUUUUCUUGGUAUUAUAGGUUAUAAAUUGUGUAAUAGCCCUUUAUAACACUGCUGACUCUGAAGCUUCAACACUGUGUUAUUCCAGGGGUUAAAAAAACUCAACUAGGUGAAUGUUUUGUCCUAAAUGUUAUAAAAAUGAUGGAAAAAAUCUAGAACAUUUAGUCUGGAAAGGUGUGGAAGUGUUGUGAUUAUCCUGAAGACUCCCAGUUUAUUGUAUAUUUAUGAAAAUCCAGCAUAAUUACAUACAUUAAAGCAGCAGAAUGAGAUUACUUCAGGUAAAUCUGUUUAUUUCUCUGACUUUCAACUUAUGUAGGCUUUUUGACUCUUCACUAAGUUGAACUCUGAACCUAAAAGUGAGACUUUUCCUCUUGUUACACUAGUGGUUGAACUGUAGCCAGCAUUUAAUCUGCUUCACUUAGGCUCUGUAGCGUAGAGGAGAAGUUUGUACUAAGAGCUGGAAAAUGUGGUCUGGUUUAAAGAAAUCUGAUUUUUGUUGUUGCUUUUGAAAGUUUAGGGAUCUUAUUUGUUGAGAAGUAUUGUUAAAUGUUUUGUUAAUAAAAGAGGACCGAUGUUA